AUGGCUGGUCCUGCACGCACUGGGCUGACGCUGGACAGAGUCUGUUUAUCAGGCCUAGUCCCCCACUGCCUAGCUGGCGCCGCCCUACUGGUGUGUGCCCUCCACCUGGAUGCAAAGUGCGCAAGACUCCCCAAUGCCCCGACCGCUGACCAGGCUCUACGCAGAAUGAAUGAGAUUGCUGACAAUAUCCAAAGUGUCUCUGGCACGGUCGCUGAUCCGGGUUGCUGUCACAGUAUCGACCCCGCAGGGACCGUGGCCAUGUACCAAGGACGCGACGCAAAGCCAGCCUACAACAGACUUCACUUCUAUCCCUUCUCUCGAAUCCAACGCAGUACCAGCAGACCCGGGGACAAGCAGGAUGAGCAGGAACAAUAUUGA